ACAUCCGCGUGACACAUUCCUGCGAUUCGGAUUUAAACUUGUCCUAAAAAUCGCGAACAAACAAGAGUGUUAUCCGUCCAAUCUUUCAGUUAGAUCGUAAUUUUACGGAACAACUCGACUGGGCAGAUAUUUAUCAGAAAUGUGAAGAUUAGUUUCAAAAAAUUUACCGAAGAAUCUAUAGAUUUAACUCGAGUCGAAAUUUUAUCGAAAAAGAACAAAUUUUCGCCAGACGCGCUUAUUACCCAGCACCCUGUACUCGCGCAUUUAUCGUAUCGCGAUCUCGUACGACGUAUCUAUUACGAUCUCAAACUCAUCUCGGAAUAUGAGUGGGCAGGGGGGGGGCUGCAUAGCAGGCAUAUUGUGGGGGAUAGGGCCGGCCGCGCGCGAUACAAUAUAUACCUGACGAGGGCCUGGUGUUGCCGAACACCUGCUCCGCACCGGGUCCGAGCGGAGACCUUUGUCCAAGGGAUAUAAAACUCGUACACCGUUUCGGCUGCGCCAGUAGGCUUUCGAGAAGCGAUCGAGCGCGCUGCGACAGUCCCCCCGGCUUCGACACGUAACUUCGCGACUCAACUCGACGAUCUCGAGAUCAAUCGGAUAAAUCGUGUGCAAAAAAUAAAAAUAAAUCACGUCGAAUCGCGGUGAAUCUCGUCGAUCGCCGAAUAAGUCGUGGCGAAUUCUCGUUGAGGAAAUUCCAAAUCGAGAUCUCGAAGAGAAAUUCCAAGAUGCGGGGCCUUAGGAAACAUUAAAUCUGGAGAUCUGUUAAUUCUGAGCCCGAGGAUCUGAUAAAAUAAUAUACACGAUACACGAUUUAUAAAAUAAAAUAUAUCCCUGAAGGAGAAUAUAUGAAUUAAGAAGUAUAGAAGUCGGGAGAUCUUGACUGAAGACACUCGAGAGAUCGGCGGACAUGGCGAGUCUACGGUUGCUGUUAUCAGCUAUUAUCGCCGCGAGCACGUUGAUUGCCGGCACGCGCGCGGUUGAGGAUCUCAAUAGCACGAUCAAGCUAUUGCAGGAGCAAGUGAGCGCACUGUUGGACCACCGACAGGAGGAUUACAACGCCUUGGAGGAGAGUCUGAAGCAGGCAAUGGAAAAGAAUACAGAGCUCAUCGUCCUUAGAGAUGAAGUGGAGCAACUGAGGAAGGAAGUGAACGCUCUUCGCGGCGGAAGUGGCAACGAGGCGAAGAACGAGCGAUUGAGGGUGCGAUGGCUAGGCAGCGCCGUGACGGAGCUACAAAGCGAGGUCGCCGAAGUGCUCAGGACGCGGAACGCGAGCGAGGAGCUCGCCGAGCGCUCGAGGAUGAGGAGCGAGCUGGCCCUGCUCAAGGGCGACGUCGCCGAGGUCGGCAGGAGCGUGCGCGACCUCGGUGGCAGGAUCACCAAGAUCGAGGCCACCCUUGGUACCAUCAGGCUCGACAUCGCCGCGACCAAGGAGCGCGCCAGCCUCCUGUCCCGCUCCUGCGCGGACGUCAGCAGUCAGUUAAGCACGGUACAGAUCGAGCUGAAGUCCCUCAAGUGCGAGUCUACGCAUCCCGAUCAGCGGCAGGACCCGCAGAAGCUGGAGCAUCGCAGCAAGGCCGACGUCUUUCGCAACGAGGUGAGCGGAUCGCACGAGAUUGCGUCAGCCCGAAGACACAGCUAUUCCCGCGCCCUGGCUCAUCGCACUCGCCUCGAGGAGCGUCUGCGUAACGUCGAGCGGAAGAUCUCCGUGGUGGCGCGGAAACGAGCGAUAGUGGAGAAGCGGGUGGUAUACGAGGAUCGCGAGCAUCUCGAGGAACGAAUGAGGAGCCUCGAACUGGCGCAAGCAGAGCUCUCUCGAAGGGUAUCCAAUGCCAGCCAGGAUCUAGUGUCAAUGAAUGAGCUGGACGAGUCCGUGGUGCGACUGUACGACUCGGUUCGUCUGCUCGAGGAAACCGUUUACACCAAUCGUUCCGAGGUGAAGCGAGAGCUAGCGAAGCUGGAAAUAAACGCGGCGCGCAAGGCAGCCGAGCUGUCGCUGACCAGGGGGGAGCUUGGCAAUCUUCGACGAACGGUCCAGGCGUUGAGCGUGAGCGCGUCACAGCUGCAGCAGAAGAGCGACGUGCAGCGGAAGGGUCUGGACGCCUUGAACGAGACCCUCAGUCAACUGGACCUUUCUCGGAAUCUGGCCAAGGCGGCGAACGUGACGCACGAGCUGGAACAGGUGGAAGAUCAGUACCGUCUCAUAGUGGAUUCCCUGCCGGGAAAUUGCGAGGAGCGCGACGGCUUGACUUUGCUUGCGCCUGGUCCCGGAGCACCGUUGCUAGCCUCCUGUCGCGCCGGCUGGAUUGUCGUGGCUCGCAGAAUUGACGGCGCGGUCGACUUCGAUCGCACCUGGAACGAGUACUCGGUCGGCUUCGGUUCGCCGGUCAGCGAGUUCUGGAUCGGCAACGAGGCACUGCAUCGACUCACUCGCGAUAACUGCAGCAGACUGCAGGUCGACCUGACCGAUACCUACGGCGUGCACUGGCGCGCCGACUACGAGCACUUCACGGUUGAUUCCGAGGAGACCGGUUACCGGCUCCACGUGUCCGGUUAUUCGGGCAACGCGACCGACGCGCUGUCCUAUCAGGACGGCAUGGCGUUUAGCGCCAAGGACCGCGACAUGGACAUCAGCACCACCGACUGUGCGGCCAACUAUCGGGGCGGAUGGUGGUUCAGCCAUUGCCAACAUGCCAAUCUCAACGGCAGAUAUUCCUUGGGUUUGACAUGGUUCCAGUCGACGACCAACGAGUGGAUGGCAGUUACAUCUUCCGAGAUGUCGGUGCAACGGAAGCAAAACUGUUGAUGAACGUUUGAUGACUUGGAAAUUAUUUAUGUCGAGUUGACGGAAUGACGCUAAUUGAUCAAUUGUAAGAAAGUGUUGGAAGUCCGUUCUGUGUAAUUUGAAUCGCGCAUCUCGUAUGUAAUAAAGCCACAAGAACAUUUGAUUGCAAUGCCAAAGAGUUAAGUGUAAUUUAAAGACUGUAAUGUAAAUACGUUAUAUAUAUAGUUAUGCACAAAUGAAGUAAACGCUGUAAACAUGCAAAGAAUAUAUAUUACUUAUUGUAUCUGUAUAGUAAUAAAAAAUUAUUAAAACUCA